UUUCUUCUUACAUCAUGAUCGAGAGCCAAUUGUCGGAUGUCUCUGCAACUCUGCGCGCACAGACACGCUGAGCGGUUGUUACGCGUUGCGUUACGUCCUUGUUGGUCCUUCUCAGUCCUCCACCGCAGUAUAGAUAUGUCGGGGACGAUGACAGCCAAGCUUCAAGACGAUAUGAAUAGUAUACCUCUGGCGGACGACGAUCCUCAGGUGAUAAUACCAGAAGAAGAAAUUUUGGACAGUGCCUCGCAUAUAUCCGAUCCGCUAGGCAGAGGACGUAGCAUGGAUUCUAUACCGUCGACUUUUACCAACGGAAGCUGUAGUCCUAACAGCUUAGAUCCAGAUAUUAGUCCAGAUGAACAAGAAGAAAAAGCUAGAUUGAUCGCACAGGUUCUUGAACUGCAAAACACUUUGGAUGAUCUGUCGCAAAGAGUGGACAGCGUGAAGGAAGAGAAUCUCAAGCUGAGGAGCGAAAACCAAGUUUUGAGCCAAUAUAUUGAGAAUUUAAUGUCGGCAUCGAGCGUGUUUCAGUCAACGAGUCCCAACACCAAAAAGAAAUAAAUUUUACGUCAUAUUGAUUAAAUGUAUUAGACAAUUUCUGAAUAAGAGAAUUACGAAUCAAAGUGA